AUACGGUAUGACAGUGGUAUGGCUAUAAUAACGGAUAACGGCUAGCCUACCGGUUCAUUAGUAUUUUAAUGAUUUCUGUAAAACCACAGUGGAUGUUCCUGUGUUUAACGUCGUCGAAUGGAUCGUUCUGAAGAUAGACAACUUAAUGGAUCCACAGAUAAAAAUGAUGAGGUAGGGGGUGUUGUGGUUCUCCGAGCCGGCAGUGACCCCACCCUGACUGCUGACCUCAGGGUACUGCACAACCUGAGGGCUCUGGAAAAGACUUGUCAAGUGUACCCGUACUUCGGGACAGUCCAGCCAGACAUCCAGCCAUAUAUGAGGAGACUACUGACAGUGUGGAUGUUUCAGGUGUGUGAGGAGCAGAAAUGUGAGGAGGAGGUGUUUCCACUCGCCGUGCAAUACCUGGACUGUUACCUGAGCCGGUUUACCACCGAGAAGUCUAAUCUGCAGCUUCUAGGGACAGUUUGCAUGUUCCUGGCCUCCAAAAUGAGAGAGACUGUCCCCCUGACUGCCAGCAAGCUUUGUAUCUACACAGACAACUCAGUUUCAGUCGCAGACAUUCUGCAGUGGGAGAUGGCAGUGGUGUCCAGGUUAGACUGGUGUCUGGCCUCUGUAGUACCCUCUGACUUCCUGGAGCCAAUUCUUCAUUCUCUCCCCUAUGUUCGUCCACCCCACCUUCACAACAUGCGCAGGCAUGUUCACUCCUACAUUGCUCUGGCAGCCACUGACAGCAGGUUUUCAGUAUUCUUGCCCUCCACUGUUGCAUGUGCCUGUGUGAGCGCUGCCAUGCAGAAACUAAAGUUACUGGAUGCUGCUGUUUCCUCUGAGACAGUGAUAAAGUUUUUGACCAACCUUUUGGCCAUGGAUCUGAGCUCAGUCGUCCUCUGCUCUGAGCAGCUGGGGAGUGUGCUGGAGCUCAGCCUGCCCUCCUGCUUUCAGGGUAGUGUUUGCAGAGCGCACAGCUCAGAGGUCAGCUACACCCCUGCUGACAUUCAGGAUGUUGUACUGACACCAGUGACACUGGCUCAGGAAGUUAAGCUGAAACACUCCUGCCAGCCUCCCAGCUAUGAUUAGACAGGAUAUUACACUGA